CACCCCCCCCCUUCGCCCACAGCCACCACCGCCACCGCCGCUGCCGCAGCCACGGCCACGGCCACCGCAGCGGCCGCCGCCGCAGCCACAGCCACGGCCACAGCCACCCCCACCACCACAGCAGCAGCCGCAGCUCGGGGCGCCUGAUAAUCGUGGCCAACCGCCUGCCUCUGAGCGUGGAGCUGCAGGGGGACGGCGCCUUCAAGUACAGCAAAAGCGGGGGGGGCCUCGUCUCCGGGCUGCAGGGCAUAAGGGGCCUCGACUGCAUCUGGGUGGGCUGGCCGGGCGCGGAGGCCCCCCCAGUGCUGCGCCCGCGGCUGACUGCGGAGUACAGGCGCCACGGCUGCUCGCCCGUCUUCUUAGACCAGCAAACCAUCGACGCCUACUACAACGGCUUCUGCAACAACGUGCUGUGGCCGCUGCUGCACUACCUGCCGCCCCCGCUGGACUUGGACUCUGGAGAGGAGCAGAGCCUGCUGCAGUGGAGGGCCUACGUGCAUGCAAACGAGUUGUUCUGCGAAGCUGUCUGCGAAGUGAUGCGCCCAGAUGACCUCGUCUGGGUGCACGACUACCACCUGAUGCUGCUGCCGAAGCUGCUGCGGGACCGCCUGGGCGACGACGGCUGCGCACUGCGCGUGGGCUGGUUUCUGCACACGCCGUUUCCCUCCAGCGAGCUUUUCCGGCUGCUGCCGUACCGAGCGGAGCUGCUGACGGGGCUGCUGAGUGCCAACUUGCUGGGCUUCCACGUGGACUCUUACAUGCGGCACUUCUUCUCUGCAUGCGUUCAAACUUUGGGGCUGGAAGUCACUGACCGGGGAGUUCUCGCUGCCCCCGUGGGCGGCGUCUACGCGCGCUGCGCAGCCAUUCCCAUUGGCAUCGACAGCGACAGCUUCGUCGAACAAGCUGCUUCCCAGCAAGUGCAGCAGGCAGCAGCGCAGCUCAAGAAGGAAAUGGGAGACAGACGGGUUGUGCUGGGAGUCGACCGGCUGGACUAUAUGAAGGGGCUUCCCCACAAGCUGAAUGCCUUCGACAGGUUUCUGCAGCAGCACCCCGACAUGAAGGAUUCCGUGCUGCUGCUUCAGGUGGCCGUCCCGACGCGCACUGGGGUCCAUGAAUACCAAAAGCUCAAGACCAAAGUGCACGAGCUGGUGGGCCGCAUAAACGGCAGCCGCGGCAGUUUGUCUCGCGUGCCUCUACAGUCUUUGGAUCGUUCUGUGAGUGCAGUCGAUUUGUGUGCAUUAUAUUUAGUGGCGGAUUGUCUUUUCAUUACUUCUUUGAGAGACGGAAUGAACCUUGUGGCCCUGGAGUUCGUCGCUGCGCAGCAAGCCAAGACGCAGGUGGCGGCGGCUGCAGCUGCAACGCAGCAGCAGCAGCAGCAGCAGCAAAAGCUGCUGCAGCAGGACCCAAAGCAGCAGCCGCUCCCGGGGGACCCCACGGCUCCUUCGGCAGCAGUAGCAGCAGCAAACGCCACAGCAGCAGCAGCAGCUGCAGCUGCAGCUCCUGCAGCAGCAGCUGCAGGCACUACCGCCAUCUGCAGUGCCUGCGGCCACCCUAUAGGGUCUUGCUGCCAGGGGGGCCCCUCUGGCAAGCAGUGCAAGGCAGGCGACAGCAACCUGCUUAGGGGCCCCGGGGUUUUAAUAUUGUCUGAGUUUGCUGGAGCGGCGGAGUUUCUGCAAGACGGGUCUUUGAUUAUAAAUCCUUGGAAUGAACAGCAAAGUGCUGAGGCGCUUUAUACAGCGCUCACCAUGCCUAGGGCAGAAAGGGAGGAAAGACACAAGAAGCUGAUGCAGGUAGUCACUGCAAACACCAGCACAAUUUGGGCGCGGAAGUUUGUUGCUGCUCUCAUAGAGGCCUCCGACGAAUCCGAGGGAGUAAGGGCCUCAGUGCCCCCGCUGCUGCAGCCAGGAACCCUCGUGCCGCUGUUCGUGGGCUGCCUGCGGCCGCGGCUGCUCAUAGUUAGCGUCUGGGGGGGGCUGCUGCCAGUGCGCAGCCGCAGCAACUUGCCUCUUCCCGAGAGAACUCCUGACCCGCUGCCGCUGUCUGUUGCUGCUGCUCUCGCGGCCCUCGCGGCGCUGCCCCACACUGCAGUGGUGGUCUUAACUGAACACCCGCGGGCUGCGGUGGAAAACCUCUUCAAAGACAUUCCCGUUUGCGUUGCUGUCGAGAAAGGAGCCAAGUACCGCACACGGGGAGGACAGUGGCUGACUUUGCUCGAAGAAUCUUCUCUCCAGGGUCUCGACGAAUGGAUGCCGAGCACUCGGACAGUCAUGGAUUACUACCAAGAGAGGACCCCUGGAUCGUUUGUAGAGGCUACAGUUGGGACUCUGAACUGGCACUGGGACGAGCUGCAGCAAGCCUUUGGACGGCAGCAAGCCACAGACUUGCUGGCCUAUCUCAGGGCUUCCUUGCUGCGGCAGCAGGAAGAGCAGCAGCAGCAAGUGCAACAGCAGCAGCAGCAGAAGCAGCAGCAGCAGCGGAAAGAGCAAGAAGACACAAACUCAGAGCAAAGUCACGGAACCACCCAGAGCCAUCAGCAGCAGCAGGAACAGCAGCAGCAGCAGCAGCAGCAGCAGCCGCGGCGCAGCAAGGUGGAAGUCGUGCUGGGGCCUCGUUCAGUGGAAGUGCGCGAUGUUGCAUGCAGCAGGAAGCAACUUCUGCUGCGAGUAGUUGACCGCGAGUUUGGUUCUUCUUUCUUGAGGUCUGUUGGAUUUUAUUUGUGCAUUGGGAGUUUUGCCUGGAGAGAAGAGGAUCUUUUUGAGUUGUUUGACGACGAAGACCAGCAGCAGCAGCAACGGCAGCAGCAGCAGCAGCAGCAGCAGCAGGAACAGGCCCCUGACCCGAUUCCGCGCCCCCUGGCCAUAGACCUUCCGAGUGUCUCCUUGUCUCCCACGCAUGCACAGCAGCGGCAGCAGGAGCAACGUGAACAUCAGCAGCAAGUACUUCAGGAGCAGCAGGAGCAGCGGCAGCAGCAGCAGCAGCAACAGCAGCAAGCAAUGCAGACUCCCGAAGCAGCAGGGAACGCAGCGGCGGCACGAGCAGCAGCAGACAAAACAGCGAAAACUGCAGCACCAGGAAAGCCAGCAGCUCCAGCUGCUGCAGCAGCUGCUGCUGCUGCUGCUGAGGCUCCAGACCAGUUUUUGAAAAACCGCAGAAUGUCGGAACCUACUCCCAAGAGACAGAGUCAGUGUGCUGCUGCAGCAUGCAAGGAGCUGGCGCAGUGUACAGACACUGCAGCGCAUGCAAGGCAAUCGACUGAGCAAACAAGGAACUUUCCCGCGCUCGAGCCCAGCCUUCAUGCGCACAACCAGCAACAGCAGCAACAGCAGCAGCAGCAACAACAGCAGCAAAAGCAGCAGCAGCAAGAGGGAGUGGAACUGGGCAGGGAGGACUUGCGUUUCAGUCAGCCCCUUACUCUGUCUCACUUCGGCUUUACCGAUUUUUUUACAUUUGUUUCUCUUUUUUUGUAUUAUUUCUCUUUUUUUGCAUUUGUUUCUCUUUUUGGAACUUUUUUCACUGCCAACGUGGGUCUCAACCUUUCCCGCGCCCGCACUUGUGUUCCCAACGCCUACCACGUACAGAGCCUGUUGAUACACCUGGCCGAGGCAGUGGCAGCUGCAGGGAUGCAUGCGCAGCAGAGCUCUUGGGUAUAG